AAAAGCGACACAUCACUUGCCGUCUCUCUCGCUCGCUCUCACCUGAGGGCCAGAAAUAUAGGCAGGCAGGCUCAAAAUUUGUUAUUUAUGUUUCAGUUAAAUACAAAAUCCCAGUACGUCCACGAUGAAGAUAAACGAGAAGAAUCUAUAUGUGUUUGCCAAGACGCCACCAUACGACAUGGAAGGUUUUCUCAACAAACGGGGCGAGGUCAACAAAGCAUUUCAACGACGCUAUUUUAUACUGAAGGGCAAUUUAUUAUUUUAUUUUGAGACACGUCUGGACAAGGAGCCGCUCGGCUUGAUCAUUGUCGAAGGGUGCACUAUAGAGCUGUCCAAUGAGGUGGAUAACUAUUGUUUUGAGAUUGCAUUUAAUGGCAAUCGAACUUAUAUACUGGCAGCUGAAAACCAAGAUGACAUGGAGAAAUGGAUGAAGGCGUUGACCUGUGCUGGCUAUGAGUAUAAACGGAUUAUUGUGGCGGAGUUGCAACGUCAGUUACAGGAGAUUGAGGAGGCCAGAAAUAAAUUGCUGGAACCACCGGAUGAAUCUAACACGGAAUUCAGGCCAAAACCUCCACCGAGGCGUACAAAUCCUUUCAAUCGUCCAGCCCCGCCACCGCCUUCUGAAGGCGUAGCCAUACAUCAGGGCAGUCAGCUGCAUGGUGGCGUAGUUAUGUCCCCGAUGCCAUUUAUCAAUGGUUAUUUUGGCUCUAGUAAUGCCAAAAUGCAGCAACAACAACAAUUACAGCAGCAACAAAGCAAGCCUGUGUCAGUCUUCAUUCAGAGCUUAUCAAGUUUAAAUCAAAAAAAAAAUAUCAUUUUGUUGAAUACAAAAAUGACUCUGAACGAAUUAAUAACCAAAAUUUGUUGCAUUUUUCCAUCGCAAGGUUAUAAACCAUUAUCCUUUUCAGAUGGAAAUGGCAAUACAGGCAGUCCACUUGUAAUUAGACGUCAUGCCCCCCAUCUCCAGCCGCAGCAGCAGCUGGUGCAGUCAAACUUCACAACAACGAAACCCACAGUAUUACCUCGAAAUAACAACAAUAAUAAUAAUCAUCAACAUCAACAGUAUAAUCAAUUGGAGCUGCAGAAGAUGCGUGCCAAAGCCAUGGAAGAUUUCAAACGACAUCAUGAACAUUAUCGUAAAGAACUAAUGCCCGAUAUAACGGCACAUAGACAGCGUCAAGGACAGCCUCUUAUACAGUUUUAAAGACAAAACUUAAAAGUGAUCAAAUACAAAAUCAAAAUCGCCAAUUGCAUACAUGUAUUAUCGCUCGUUUGUGCUAAAAGAGAAAAAAAAACAACAUACAGAAUUAAGUACCAGAUUUACGUGUUUAAAUUGUAUUUAUGUUCGAGUUCUAUAAUUUUUGUUUAAAUAUAUUGUAUACAAUUUGUUAAUUCUUAUCAUGGA